GCCGGGUUAAUUAAUAUCUGUAGUUCUCGGUAGAGGAACAAGAGGGCGCUUGUUUCUUCUUGGCUGUAUCCCUAUGCUAGAACAGUAGAUGGAGCCAUUUACAUGUGAUGCACAUUCUGCUUUGGGAAAUUACCCUUUUUGUGAGAUGAAAAAUCGAUAUGUUACGGAUUUCUAAGUAAAAAAUAAACCAGACUUGAACAAUCUCUCUCGUAGAAUGAGUAGAGAGAAAUAUCUUUACUAUAUCUUCAAUUUGAAGUAUAUUUGGCGAUCUGAUGUCGCUGCUGUCGCAUUGGUAUAAACAAGGCGGAGAAUAUAAAAUAACACUUCAGCAAAUAUCCGGAAAACGGAAGAAAACCAAUAGAUUCUUUAAGUUUGUGCUCUCUUUUCAACUAUUCAACCAUUCUUCUAAUAUACCAGAUUGUAUUUGAUUAAAACACGUUAUACGAAAAAGAGGCUAUCUUUUGUCUAACAGACUCACAAAUACGAGACUAGAGUAUAAAGGAUAAAUAACAAUUCCUUAAAGUUGACUUUGUUUAUUUGGUCUUCAAUUGUGAAUAAAAGCCGUAUUCUCUUUUAUAAUUAGAUGAAAAGGUGUAGGACUGCAGGCCUAAGAGAAAACAUAUUUCUCUUGUUUGUUUAUGUCUUCAUUUUUCCGAUUGUUCAAUAAGUUUCAACAAGAUGUUGUUUUUUAAUAUUUACAUUAGAAGAGAAAUGAUUUGUGAAAUACUUUCUGAUACAUCGGUUCAUAGAGAACACUUUUUAUAUUAUAAAAAAUAGACGUAUUGCUUAACAGAAACUCAUUGUAGUAUUUGCGAGUCGGUGAAGGCGUUCGAGUGUUUAGUAACAGAUGUUUGUUUAUUAAAAAAUUACUAAAUUUAUGGAACAUAUUCUUAUUUUUUCAGAAAGAAGCUGCUCUUACAUGAACGAAAAUGUUUGUAACAAAACGCGCAAGUCAGACGAGUCGUAAAAAGACAAUCUUUCUAAUUUGUUUAGUAUUAUCCUUAUGCUCCAUUAUAUUGUUAAUGGCCGAUCGGUUACUUUCUAUAAAUUUUCCUUCUGCAUCUUUUAUAUCCAUAUAUACAAGCGAAUUGAAUAGGAAAAGUAUGACAACAGAAUUACAACUGAACACCUCUGGUUGUAUUAUUACUUAUGUACCCAUUUGGAGUUAUGAAGCUCAAUAUUUCUUUAAAAAAAAACCUCCAGUAAACUGUUUAAAAGGAAAUUUAAUUAAUAAUUGUACAUUCCUUAAUGAUGGAUUCUUAACAAUAAGCGAUUUAGGGAUUAAAAAAUUAACUUCAGAGAAGGCGAAAUGUUAUUAUAGGUCUAUCAAACGCCAAACUGGUUCUGAGAAUAGUCCUAUUAUUGGUGAAUGGAAAAAAUUUAAUUAUAAGCAAAGAAAACAAAUUGAUUAUGAAUUUAUUCAAGUAAAAUGCGAAGGAGCUAAAAAGCUUUUAUACGAAAACUUCCAUACUCAAGCUUUGGUUAAAGAACCUCUUAUCAAACAGAGCGUAAACAAUCAACCUCACAUUCUGCUUAUAUCCAUUGAUUCUAUAUCGUCGAAUUCCUUAAAGAGGAACAUGCCAGAUGUUGUCGAUCUUAUUACUAAAAAUAUGUCUGCUUUCGAAAUGAAAGGUCAACUUAAAAUUGAUGGUCCAACAUUGCGCAAUUUCCUUGGGCUGUUGACUGGUUUUCCUUAUGAGCAAGUAAAAAACUUCAAGACAAAUAGCUACUUAGAUAAGAUUAAUUUUAUCUGGAAAGAUUUCGGUGAGAAAGGCUAUUUAAGAUUUAUUGGAGAGGAUAGACCAGAAAUUGGUACUUACAAUUAUAUGGUUAAAGGCUUUGAUCAACAACCUCUUGAAUACUGGUCUAAGCCAUUUGAAUUGGUUGCUGAGAAUGGUAGAUUAAGAAAAAAAGCUGUACCCGAUACAUGUUAUGGUGAAACUUCAAGUAUUAAAGCUAUUCAUAAUUAUCUUUUUGAUAUUAUUCGAGUGAAUAAUGGUUCACCUAUAUGGGCUCAUAUCCAUCAAAGCCAUCAUGUUCACGCCGAUUUUAAUGGGCUUUCAUCUGUAUCGAAUGAUUACUAUCAAUUUUUUAAGACGAUUAUUGACAAGGGCCUACAUGAAACUUCUUUUGUAUUCUUCUUCUCUGAUCAUGGUAUUAGAUAUGGUGAAUUUCGUCAGACAUAUGUUGGACGUUUAGAGCAGCAUAUGCCUUUUAUGUACGUUAUUCCACCGAAAAACUUUGAAAAACACUACCCAGAGUACUAUGAGGCAUUGAAUAUCAAUACUAAACGUUUAACAACGUUAUACGAUCUGUACCAGACAAUGUUCCAUAUUCUUCAUUUAAACAAUAUGACUUAUAGGAACGACAGUCAAAUACCGAAAAGAGAAGGCAACGGACAAUCACUUUUUACUGAAAUAUCAGAAGAGAGAAGUUGCAAAACUGCACCCUUGAAGCCUGUUGAAUGUUUAUGUAUGACAAAUGUUAUCAUACCGAAAAAUACUACAUUGGCGAAAACAGGGGCAAACCUAAUUGUUCAAUCGAUGAAUAAAAGAUUAAAGACUUUUAACGUAACUAAGAAAUGCUCGAAAUUAAAGCUCAAAUCAAUAUUAAAAGCUGUUCAACUUUCUACAAAAGAAACUAAAGUUACUAAAAUACUACUAACUGUUCUUGUUGCGCCAUCUGAUGGUAUUUUUGAGGUGCUAAUUAGCUAUACGCAAGAUACGAAAUUAUAUACUAUCAUAAGUGACUUUAGUCGCAUUAAUUCUUACGGAAAUCAAUCACACUGCGUUGACGAUAGAGAAAUAAAAAAUAUAUGUUAUUGCCAACUUUAAGAUGUCUCUUUGUAUCUUUGUUAGUGAUUAGCAUUGAUCUAUAACUAUCGUUUUUGUUUUGAUUGUAUUUAGAGAAGAAAAUAAAAAUAAUACAAUUUAUAAAUAAAGGAAAUUAUCCAGCUAUUCAAUCGCUACUUGAACAGAACGAUAGGAGAAUUUUCAACUUGAUCUUCGAGAGCGCAAAUUUUAAGAGAGAGAGAGAGAGAGAGAGAGAGAGAGAGAGAUGCAGAAGAUAGGAGGAAUGUGAUGAUAUCAUUAAACAAAUUAUAAUUAGAUGCUUUGAAAUAUUUUAUUGUUUUUUUUGAAUUUUUGUCUCUUAGCAAUGAUAAUUGAUUAAAUUAAGAAGAAAGAGAAAAGUAAAGAAAGAGUCUAUAAUGAAAUAAGAAGACAAAUUUUAUUCUCUCUUUCAUCUAUUUUAUACUUCCUUCUCUUUCUUUUCUUUUUAAAUUUUAUAGACAUAUUCACAAUAGAUAUAUAACCUUGCAUUUAUCAGCCAUUUUGUUAUAUAUAUAUAUAUAUAUAU